CGUCAAGUCGAUUUGAAAGCGCCCUCUAAUCAGGCUAAUAUGUCAAAAAGCGUAAAACAAGGCUCGUUUGGCUUCCGUAGAUCUUUUCAAAUUUAGAAAGUAGGUGUUCGCCCCAUUUGCAAUCAGCUUUCGGACCUCUCAAUUCCCCGGGGAGCCCCCAGUUUUGUUAGGUGUUUAAAGCAGUUAAUAAAAUCACGUAAAAACGACGAUAUCCGCUAUCUCCACUGGACUCCAGUCUACAAUGGCAGCCAGCGACUCUGCGGGUGACGACUCUUUGUAUCCCAUUGCAGUAUUGAUAGAUGAAUUGAAAAAUGAAGAUGUUCAGUUACGUCUGAAUUCAAUUAAAAAGCUAUCAACCAUCGCACUGGCUUUGGGAUUGGAACGAACCAGAAUAGAGUUGAUUCCCUUUUUAACUGAAACUAUAUACGAUGAAGACGAAGUGUUACUGGCGCUUGCAGAGCAACUGGGACAGUUUAUUCCGUUGGUUGGAGGGCCUGAAUACGCUUACUGUUUGCUGCCGCCCUUGGAAAGCCUGGCUACAGUUGAAGAAACCGUGGUGCGUGACAAAGCCGUUGAAUCAUUAAGAGCAGUGGCCCAACAGCACAGUCCCGCGGAUUUGGAGACUCAUUUUGUGCCAUUAGUUGAAAGAUUGAGCUCUGGGGAUUGGUUCACAUCUCGCACAUCUGGAUGUGGCCUUUUUGCUGCGUGUUAUCCUCGAGUUUCAGCCCACGUUAAAACGGACCUAAGGGCUCAUUUCAAGGCGCUGUGUCAAGACGACACUCCAAUGGUGCGCCGCGCUGCCGCCACAAAAUUGGGCGAAUUUGCACAAGUACUUGAGUUAGAAUACUUGAAAUCUGAUUUGAUUCCCAUGUUUGUGAAUCUGGCUCAGGAUGAACAGGACUCUGUUCGGCUACUGGCUGUCGAAGCCAGUGUAACCAUUGCUACUUUACUAUCGCAGGAAGACGCCGAGCAGCUAGUGAUGCCCACUUUAAGACAAUGCACCAGUGACACAUCUUGGAGAGUACGAUACAUGGUUGCAGACAAAUUUACUGAGCUCCAAAAGGCCGUCGGUCCAGAAAUCACCAGGACCGAUUUGGUGCCGGCUUUCCAAAGUUUGCUGAAGGACACCGAAGCCGAAGUUAGAGCCGCUGCGUCAAAUAAAGUGAAGGAUUUCUGCCAAAAUUUGGACAAAGCUCAUCAAGAGAACAUCAUCAUGACAAACAUUUUGCCGUGUGUGAAAGAGCUGGUUGCAGACCCAAAUCAGCACGUAAAAUCGGCUUUAGCGUCCGUCAUCAUGGGCUUAAGCCCGAUCUUGGGACGUCACAUCACUAUCGAGCAGUUGUUACCUUUGUUCUUAACACAGUUGAAAGAUGAAUGUCCUGAAGUGCGAUUAAAUAUUAUUUCAAAUUUGGAUUGCGUAAAUGAGGUAAUUGGUAUUCAGCAGCUGUCGCAGUCAUUACUGCCGGCCAUUGUAGAAUUAGCCGAAGAUUCCAAAUGGAGAGUGAGAUCGGCGAUCAUCGAGUAUAUGCCAUUGUUGGCAGGACAACUGGGACGAGAAUUCUUUGACGAAAAAUUGAACGCCCUUUGCAUGACCUGGCUUAUGGAUCACGUCUUUGCUAUUCGUGAGGCCGCCACAUUGAAUCUGCGAAAAUUGGUCGACCAAUUUGGAGCCGAAUGGGCAGAAUCUACAAUUAUUCCAAAAGUUUUAGCCAUGUCCCGGGACCAGAAUUAUUUGUAUAGAAUGACUUGCUUGUUCUGCAUCAACGUUUUAGCUGAAGCUUGUGGUAGUGACAUUACAACAAGACUGUUACUCCCAACCGUUUUGAGCAUGGCAACCGACAAAGUGGCAAACGUGCGCUUUAAUGUUGCGAAAACCCUCCAGAAAAUCGCACCCCAACUUGAUCAAGCCGUUAUACAACCCCAGGUCAAACCAGUAUUAGAUAAGCUGAAUCAAGACGGCGACGUAGAUGUGAAAUAUUCUGCUUGUGAAGCAAUUUCCGGCAUUGCUGGUAAGUGUAAGAACGAGUUAGAGAAGCAACCAUAAAACUUUUCAAAAUUUUGUAAAAUGCUUUGGGUUGAAAAUGUGUGCGGUGACUCAAGACAUUAUAUACUGUAAGUAAGGAGGAAUAAAUGAGCUGAACACUACUCUUAAAAAAUAUUAACCCUCUAGAGUUUGGUAAUUGUUACACCCUUCUAUAAUUUAUUUAAAAGUGCAAACAUCAGUGUAUAAAACGAUGGGUAUAGACAUUAGCAUUAAAACAUUACUGUCCAAUUCAUUUCUAUUUGUUAUUGAAAACUCAACCGUAAGAAUCUUAAUUCUCGAAUGUGUUUUUCUUGUUGGCUAAAUCAUCCCAAGCAUUUAUUUUUAAUUUUGUAAAUAUUUGAAAAUGUAAUGUUUAAUAGUGCAAAUAAAUUUGAAUAUCUUAUCGAUGCUGUUUUGACGUUAAUAGCACA